GCCUUCGAUGCUUUGCCGUCGCAUCUAUGGAUAUGGACUUUAAUUAUUAAAUAAUCAAAGGAUGUGGUGUAAAUAUUCAUUACAUUCCGUUAAAUUAAAAAAAAUGUCUUAUAAACAUUCUCUUGUAGCAUCAAUUUUUUUUUUUAUUGAAUUUAUUGGUGUGCGUGAAAACAUAUUUUUUUCUAAUAAUUUGUUUCUUUAUCGAACUUUAUGCUAAUUCGUAUCCUCUUUUCUUUGUUUAGGAGACGGCAGAAGUGUGCGUGGGCACGUCGGUCGGCACCAUCACCGAGCCUGACUGCCUCGGGCCCUGCGAGCCUGGUACCUCGGUCACGCUCGAGGGCAUCGUGUGGCAUGAGACGGAAGGUGGUGUUUUGGUUGUAAACGUGACGUGGCGAGGGAAGACCUACGUCGGAACUUUGCUCGAUUGCACGCGGCACGACUGGGCGCCACCACGAUUUUGCGACUCGCCAACGGAGGAGUUGGACGCGCGGACGCCGAAAGGUCGCGCGAAAAGGGGCCGUGGCGCCGCACCUACAGACAUGACAAACUUCACGGAGACGCGCUCCUCCGUCCACAGCAAACUAAGAAACGGUGGCGCUAAAGGACGUCGGGCGUUGCCGUCUCCUACACCGUUUACGCCUCCGCGGCCAGACUCGAAGCGAAAACGCACGUCAGAAGCGGAGGAAAGGCCGCCGACGCCAAAAGCGAAGCGUCCUCCCCCUACGCCCUCAUCCCCUCCCCCUGACCCAGUCCUCCUAGAAUGCCCAGAGCCGAACUGUUCCAAAAAGUACAAGCAUGCGAACGGCUUGAAGUAUCACAGGUCGCACGCACACGGCACGCCCGAUGACGACGACAAAGACGGCUCUAGUUCGGAGCAGGAGGAGCCAGCGGCGGAGCCGGCCUCACCCGCACAACCUCCCUCGGAGCCGGCGACUCCGGCGACUCCGGUGAAGAGUCCCACACCCGUGAAAUCGCCUGAAGCGAAGGCGGAGAAAUCGCCAGAGAAGUCGCCGGAGAAAGUGGAAGCGAGCGCGGAGUCCCCGCAGCCGGCGCGCUUCCCGGAGGAGUUCGCGCCGACGCCGGAGCCCCCGCCGCCGCCGGAGACGCCGCAGACGCCACCCGCGCCUACCACCCCACCGCCGGAAAGCCUACCCACUUUGCAACCUACCCAAUUCAAGGUCAAACCUCGGUCUGCAUUGAUGCCCUCGGAGGAGCGCAAGUCGACGGAAUCUGCCGAGGAGUCGCCGGGCAAGCGGCGGCGGCGGUCGCCCACGCCGGGCGUUCGCUCGCCCGCCUACUCCGACAUCUCUGACGACGCCGCGCCCGCAGACUCCGCCGCUGACACGGACCCCGCGCACCGUCCUUUCCCCGUCUACCACCAGUACUACGGACAACCACCGUACCUGCCCCCCGCGCACGCCGCGCCGCCCCCCGCCGCAGACAAGGCCAAGGACGACCUCGUCAAAGGAGACCCCAAGAUCGACCACAAAGACAACAAGUCGGACGGCGGUCCCCAAAAGGUGCUCCCUCAACAUUUCUACCCGUACAAUUACGUUCCAAAUUUUCCCUACAACGUGGAGCCGGGAGGGCCGCCCCCGGGCGCCCCUCUAGACGACAAAGGAAAAGAAACUGACCGCUCUAAGACGACCCCUAGCCCCUUGGACAAGAGUAAGCAGCCUAGGCCAGCAGAUGGCAAGGACAGUCAAGGCAGACCCAACGAUAACCACCAAAUACUAAAGGAGAGCAUCGAAAUGAAGGCACAGAUGGGCUCGUAUGCAUUUCAAAGGCCACCGCAUGCGAGAGAAGAUGAAUUGAGAAGAUAUUACAUGACAUUAGAGCAGAGAAGGAAAGACGGCGGCGGGGAGGGGAAGCCCCCUUCCGCGGGACCGCCCGGGGCUCCCCAGGGGGCCCCGCCGGGGUCCUCGCCCGCGCGCGCCCCGUCCCAACACCAGCUUAAGCCCACGCAGAAGGAUAAGGAUGAGAAGCCCAAGGAAGAAGUGAAGGUGAAGCAAGAAGGCCAGAAGCCAACGACCGAGACUCAAGGCCCUCCUCCUCCCCCCACUUCGCAGUACUACCUGCCGCCGUACAUGCAGCCCCCGCAUUACGGCGCCUUACCCUUUGACACCGUGUACCGACCGCCUUUAAGCCCCAUGCUGGUUGGGGGCUUCGGUGGGGGGUGGACUGUACCCAGGUACCACGCCCCCGAGGAUCUGUCCCGUCCUGGAGCGCCCGGGAAGUUGGAACUGUUGCCGGGACACGGGGCGCAGUAUUACGGCGGCCACGGGGGACACGGCGGACAUGCGGGACACGCAGGACAUACGGGACAUGCGGGUCACGCGCCCCACAAGAUCCACGAAUUACAGGAGCAUGCCAAGUCCCCAGCGGGAAAACCCCCGGGACCCCGCGCCGACGGACCCAAGGACCCCGCGCGCAGCCCCCCGCCCCAGCGACACGUGCACACCCAUCACCACACGCACGUGGGGCUCGGGUACCCGCUCUACCCGCCGCCCUACCCAGCCGCCGCCGUAUUGGCCAGUACGCAGGCUGUCGUGAACUCGUUUCCAACGCCGCCCAAGUGAGGGGCGCCGCCUAAGGAACCCGCGCGAAUAUCCCGCGCAUUCUGACCUCACUUCGAACCUAGUGUAGUGCGAUAUCCCACGGACCCGAUCUCCAUGCCAGUAGCCAUAACUUAAUUAAAAAAAAAACUAAAAACAAAACAAAACUGUGAUCUCGCGUGUACCACGAAAUGUGUAUGUGAUGUGCGCUUUGAAUGUUCUAGUGACUAUUAGUGAACUUAUAUCGUGACGAGUGUCGUGUUAUGACUCCCCCGAGUGGCUGUUGUGUACCCCGCGGAGGCUUAUGGACAUUAAAAAACGCCUCCGCUAUGUGUCCGAUUUGUUUUAUAUGUCUAGUGGAAGCACAAACUAGCUCUGUAAAUAUUAGUGUUACAUGUAAAUUACGUUACGUCGUCAGCUCCGACGCGAGAGGGUUUAAUUGUAAAAAAUAUAAACAUCGAAUUCUCCGAAUCACAAUCCAAUCCGGGCAUUGUACUGAUGUUGGAAGCCCCUACAAAAUUAAUGUCAUGCGAAUACAGCAUAUUUGAGAUCUUCUAUUUAUGAAUACUGCAUUCCACAAAGAAAGCGAGCGUACCUAGAUUUUAAAAGCGUUUAGACUAAUAAUUAAUCUUAAGUAAUUACCUAUAGUGUAAGUUUAAAGGCGUCAAUGUGAUCAUUACAUGAGUCGUAGCGUGCACAAAUCAUACUCUAUCUCGAUUAUAGUGAUGAAUGAUUUAUAUUGUAAAACGUAGAGAGCAUCCUAUAGAGUCGUGGAGUGUUUGGGCAUUGCUGUAUGUGUAUUGUAUGUCUGGCUUUUAAAGAUAAAUACAUAAAUAUUAUUCUCUUAGUCCGAUAUUCUUACAUACAAGGGAUUAGACAUUCACUACUUCUUAUAUUACGAUUCCACAUCGGCCUUGAUGCGGUGCGUCAAAAAUUGUAGGUUUUUGUUAAACCACACAUAACCAUUUCUGUAUUGCAUUCAUUCGUACUUUUGGAAAAUUGUCUGUAUGCUAGCUCAAGAUUGAGAACCAUUGUUUUGCAUUUAAUCUCCAUGUACCUGGGGUCAUGUUGAUGAAAAUCAUAUAAACACCGAGGAGAGGAAACUACAGCUAGCUAAUACUGCAUAUUAAAAAAAUAUUCAAAAAUCAUGACUUAUGUUGGGUCCUCGUUGUAUGUAUCUUUUUGAAUCAACAUGUCGUCUGAAUAAGGUACUCUAUUCAUACCGCCUAAAUGUCAAGAUUGUAACAUGCGGUAUGGUAUUUUUUCGAUACACAUAUAUAUAAAACAGUCUUCCAAUUGAUUUGAGGUUUUGUGAUUAAGCAAUCACACACACAUAUUCAAACCUUUAUUUUAAACUAAAAAAACAAUUACAUUGUGAAGUGUAUUUAAAAUAAAAUGCAAUAGUUUUUUAUUGCAUUAAGCGGAAAGGUGUUGGUGGAUUGCAUUCUAUUAGAUGAACAUUAAGACUCAUAUUAGAGGAGAUUAAAAAAACUAUUGUAAUAAUGAAACAAUAUUAUUUUCAUUAAAUUUUAGUCAUUGUACGCACGUACCUGUUUCUUACUCUUAAAAUUAUACACAAAUCAAUAUUUAUAAUGUAUUUGCGCAGGGCCUAACUAACCCCCAUCGACAUUUAUUUUACAAAAGCCAGUGACUAUGUGAGAUUUUGUUUUCUAUUUUUUAUUGGCAAUGUUCUGAAACACAAUUUUGAAUAUAACCAUUGUUAGUGUAUUGAUCAGUGAAAGAUCAUAUGCGUCGUCGUCAUGUAGAAGAAAUUACAAUUGUAACUACUUAUAUUAUUACUCAAACUGAAGUUGUUAUUACCUAUGUUUGUUCACUGAUUACUGCAGAAAUCUAUAAACAAUUGAUAACUACUGUAAUGUAAAUGCCAACAUACAAAUUUGAACCUAGUAUGAAUGUAAUAAGAGAGCAUGAGCAAGAUGGAUAUCAUGAUCUCAAACGCAGUGCUCGGUGCAUCUGUGAAUGCAUAGACUGAUCGUUUCAUUUUAUCAUAAACAAUCUAGUCAGUACAUAUUUUUUAAAAACCGAAACUGAAACACUGCAAAUACUCUUCUUUUCUGUGACAAAGCGUCAGAGGCAAGUUGUUUGAUGCCAUCGCUAAAACAGUAGCUCAGUCUUUGAACAUACUCCUACGUACGUAACUCCCUUGAAGAGUGACAGAUUAUAGGCAACUGAGCCAAAUAAAUAUACCUACUAGUAUAAUUUCUAAUUGAUGAACCUAAACGAGAACCAUAAUAUAUUAGUUUUAAAUCGUUAUUUAUGCUCUCGCUGGUAAUUGACAAUAAUUUCGUUUAAAUUUUGACGGUUUACAGUGUUUUAUGUACUGACUAGAGUGAGUUAAGGCUGCGAACACGCGAUAUUACGCUUUCGAUAAUUUGUAUCGGACACCAGUGCAGACUUGGUUGAUACACGUCAUUGUAUUUAUAAUGUAUUCAUAUAAUAUGAACAUUUGUGUAUUUUUUGAUGUAACUAAAUCCAAGUUUGAUUUUCUUAGAAAAGAACUCGAGACAGUUGGAAAAAAAAGGAAUAAUAAAGAUAAAUUAUUUCUUAUCAAUGUGUUUUAUUUCAAAGCCCAUGUUACAUUGUUUACUUAUAGGGUAAUGUCAUGUGCAAGAUUAUGCUAUUAUGAAAGUUGUGAGGUUUGACUAGGAGGUAAAGGGAUAUUCAUUUAUUCUAUUUCAAACCAAUUCAAUAAAAGUGCUCGUGCACAGACUAUUUUUUUCUGGGCAAUUAAAAAUACUGAAGAGAGUAGGUAAAAUAUAUUACAGCCGUACUCCUAUUAACCUUUAUAUCGUUAUUACUGAAAAUGUAACGAUUUUGAGGCUCAAUUUAUAUCGCCGAGGUAUGGAAUGGAAGCUAAUUUUUGCAACGAAAUUGACAUGGCAUAAUGAAUUUAUGUUCUUUAUGUCAAUUGAAUAAGAUGCACAAUUUCAUUUCUAAAAUCGCUUCCAUUUCGUUCCGCGGCGGUAUAAAUUGAGCCUUAAUGGCAUUUAAUUAAUUAGAACUCUAAGUAAGGCGGUUAAAGUAUAAUAAUCAAUUUAUUCUUUGACGUCACAACUAUUGAAGUGGCAAUUUACUAUUACUUAAUACAAAUUUAAAAAAGUUUAGCUCUUUUUAGAAUUGGUUUGAAACUUAACGCUGAAUAUCAAAGACGUAAUGGUAACUUAUAUUUAGAUGCUAUAAAUUACAAAGUGUAUAAAAAUUAAAGCUUACUUAAUUAACUCGAUAAAAUAAAUUACACAAUUGUAAAAUACCUACUUAAUGAAAAAAAUACUGCUAAUUAACUUUGAUAUUUAGACGGUAGGGUUCGUGCAUUUUGUACAAAUGUGAUGGUUAAACUAACAUUCUGUAACAUUACACAAAAAUUAAAUAAUUUCCUUUAAUUAAAAUUUCUUUAAUAUUAUGCUUAGUAACACUCGGAAGAGUAAAAGUUUAAAUUUUCUCUCAAUUUCAAUUCCUUUUCUUUUUCAUUGGAAUAAAAAACCUGUUUAUAUUUACCUACGAAAACGCGAUACAAAGGGAAUAGAUUUGGCCUAUCGACCCACCGACAUUUAGAUUGUUUUUCGAAAUCUCGGAUGAUGAAAAUUUUAUGAAAAGUAACAUGAAACAAUGCACAAACCGUGUCCUGCCAUAAAAACCCCCCAAAAUGUCUUCCAGUCUGCUUGCUUUUUCGUGCUUACCCAUACAUACCACUUUCAUUUCGCCAUUUCAAAAACUAAUCAAAAUGGCGGCCGGCGAGUCAAUAGGCCAGCUUCCAUACAAAAAAGUUCUAACCCCUAUAUCAUAACUUUACUCUGUAUAUUUAUUUUAAAUCUUUGGAAUGAAUUUACCACUACAGUUUUCUUUCUCUGUCAUACGUAAGAAGUAUCCAAAAGACUAAUAUUUGAAAUAAAAGCUGCACUAUAUCAAUAAUAAAGUUACAGUGUAUUUAUAUUUCAAGUAUAAUUGGUCCAUGGUUAUUUUUUUACUCUGAAUAAAUAUAACAAACGUUCAACAUUUUAUACAGUGAAUUAUUUUUAACAUUACGCAAGCAGAUUAUAAGUUUAUUUCUACAUCAUCUAGUGAACUCUGACGUAAUCUAUGAAAAAAAAUGCAAUUUAAUUUUAGUGGCAUGCUACAGAAUUGAAUCUUACAAUUGCUUUUAUAACUAAAUAAAAGGGCCACUUGCAUGAACAUUCUGAAAUCAAAUUAAGACUUAAUGCUGUUUAACAAAUCUUUCCAUUUAUGUUAAUUAUUGUUAAAAGUCAUUAUAGAGUUAGAAUGAAGCUAAAAUUAUGAUUAGCUUUAAAAUAUGAAUUUAGAACUUUGGUGUAAGUGGGCCUAAAUAUCGUAAUAUAUUAAUAAAAAUAUUACGAAGGAAAUAUUCGUGGUUACUUUGGUAUUCCGGUAGAUCGUAAGGCAAAGAUAAAUUAUUUCUUACGCUAGGUAGCGGCAUAAUUAUUAUCUUAGCGGUAAUUUGAUAGGUAUUAAAUUUACUAUCGGAUUUCCAUAUCAAUGGUAACAUGAAUUUUGUUAAUAUUACUGUCUUGUUUUCUUUGGGUGAUAUUAAAAUAGUGAGUCAUAUUUAAAUUUAUUUGAAUCAUUCAAAACAAUAGUUAAUUAAACAUUCAGUUGUAUUUAUUAUGCUGAGUUCAAAUGUCGCUUAUUUCUCCCGCUCCUUUUUUGAACAUUAAUUCAAUAUACGUUAAAAUCACAGUGUCUAGAAUCAAUAUAUAUAUUUCAAAGUUUUGAUAGAAACUUUACAAAAUGAAUAUUUCACAAAAGAUAUUAGUGUUAUACAAAUAAUGUAAAUACAUGAAAAAUACAUUAUUUUAAAAAUCGAUUAACGAGUCCUUAUUAAAAUAAUUUCACGUUUAUUGGCAAGUUAAGAGAUCUUAUCAAAAAAAAAAUCAGAAGUCUAACAAAUACAAUACCUAUCAAAAAUAAUACAUUGAAAUUUCAUUUCUUUUUACAUAUUCACAACCAAUUUACAAUAUAUAUUUUAAUGCAGUCAGUCAAAUGUCAAUCUAUAUCAUCAGGACGCAAUUGCCUUUCCCCUUCGCUGAUGAAUAUUUGCAUAGCUUUAUAAAGAAGAUAGAGACCUAACAUCCGCCUUUCUUUUAAAGGCAGCGACUCGGCAACACCAUAAUAAUUGCCAACUUUUAAAUUUUUCAGAUUGGCAACACCUAAAACGUCAAUCAUGGCGGCUUCGUAAGUGUAGGCCUCUGCUGGAAUCACGUUUUGAAAUAUAUGUAAACAGAUCACACCAACCUUGUUGGACCAUAUGUCUAGGAUGUGUUGCACUUUCUUGUCUUUGGAUGUGGUGAAGUCGCGCUUCCACAGAGUCAACGCUUGGUAUAGGUGGGAAUAAGGUCUCGAUCGCUUACCUUUUCCAACAUAGAAUAUUGAAUUCACAAACGUGACCCAUGAGAGAUUGGGCGAUUGUGUAGCGGCUUUCGAAGGAAGGUUUUCCGUAACUCGCGGGUCCAACAGUAAAUACGUAAAGGACGUCUUAUUCGAUCCUUCGCGCCAUUUCUUAUUCGGAUUAGCAAAAUCAGCCCUAAUUUUGUUCUCUAGUUCCACAUAAGGCGUCAAGUUUUUAGUCCAUUCGUCUGAGCGCAAGGAUUUCUCCAAUUCUAAACUGUAUGUUUUGCCUUGACUGCUGAUAACAAUGGGAUUUCUCUUCAAUGCUUGCAGUUUCUUCAAAUACAGCGUUCUAGUAGUCUGUUGGAUCGGUCCAGGUCGGAAACCUAAUUUAAUUAGUUCACUCCUUAAAGUGUUGUCGUCAUAUUGCAUUGAAGUCGGUAACGAAGAUGCCACAGAAACUAUAGUUUGGUCAGGGCUUGAUAGAUCUGCCCCCUCCUCUAUUGGUAGACUAUAAAACGGGUGACGUCAUUAAUCUUUUCUCUAUGAGAACCACAUUUUCCUCCUUAUCCUCGUAUUUAUAUUCUUCAUGCAUGCUAGCUAGCAUGAUACUUCCACCUGAGUAGUUGCUACUCACACCACUACUGGCCGAAGAUCUCCUCGUAUUAAUUGCAUUGAUAUCAGUAACAGAAGAAAUAUUGCUAUACAGAAACUCAUUUGUUUUAUUUUGGAUAACAAUUAGGGCUUUGUCUAAGUCUACAUUCGACGAAUCAUCUGUUAUCAAAGAUAAGGUAUUAUCGAAUGUUAACAUAUGCUUCAUAUCUGAGCACAGGGAAGAUACAGAACAUUUCUGACACUUUUUCAAACUACUUUUCGUAUUGUAGUUUUGAUGUGUAAUACUGUUGGGGGAGCCUGGCAGAGAAAAGUUCUCAUAGACGCUCAUUCUGCUUUUCUUCCCAUCUGAAAUAGAAUUGUGACCACAGGAGCAAUCUGCUUGAUGUGUAGUCGAUUCAAGACGCUUAAUACCACUAAUUUCUAUGUCACCAGGUACAUUUUUCGUCAAACAUGUCUUAAAGCUAUUAUUUGUUUCAUUCAAUUCAGUUUUGUCUGAAUUAUUAUUAUCCUUACUGAGAUCACAACUUGAGUGUUUGGUAAAAUCACUGCUUUUCCAAGGUACUGAUUCGUUUUCUAUUAAGUAUGUUUCACCUAAUAUUGUAGGGUAAAGUUUGUUAAUAACAUUACUGCUUUUUUCGCACCAUUCGCGUACCAUCUCCGAUUUUCUGGGUACGGUUAUGUCGCACAAAUUAUUUCUCUCUAUUGGUUCGUAUUGAGCAACCAUAUGGUCUGUAGUCACUAACACUUUGUCUGAAAUAAUGUAUAUGCACAUUGAGAUCCAAAUGAGUCAUCGAGUUGAUCUACAACAUUGUGGAGGUAGUCGUACACAUCCCAUUGCUGCUCCCUAGCAGCAUAGUCAAACGCUGAGUGUCCAUCUAGGUCAUGCCUGGAUGGGUCACCACCACAGCCUAUCAGAAGCUUCAGGUUGUCCACGCGACCCCAUAUGGCUGCUAUGUGAACUGGGGUUACACCAUCAUCAUUGCUAAAUUUGGAUCUCCCCCAUUCUUCAAGAUAAGCUCAGUGCAUACUUCGGAUUUCUCCAAGGGCUCUAUUCCUACUGCUAAAUGCAACACACCAAUACCUUUGCAUGGCAAAAUUUCAUUGACAUUAACCUGGCAAUUUUCCAAAUAAUUCUUUACAUACCUUGUAUCGCCACAUUGUAUUAGAUCGUAUAAUUUGAACAAUUCUCUAUACGUAGUACCCAUGGUUCAAUAAUAAAUACACUGAUCAAAAUAUUCCUUUUUGUAUUGUAACAGAUCAUUUCCUGUGGGUUGGGCUGAUAACUUUCACUUAGUUAAUGAUACAUUUCAAAGAAAAUUAUCUUAACACAUUAUUACUAAUACGCAUAUCGUAUUACGGCAGAUGUUGAAACAUUACAUUUUUAUUCGUUUGUUUUUGUUAAUUUUCAAACUAACGUCAGCCUUGCUUCUUUUGUUUACGUUUGUUU